CUACCAUCUCAUUUCCAUCUUUCAUUUCCAUCUUCAUUUCGCUCGUGCGCAACCACAAGUCUUCAAUCUACCCAUUUCAUAAAUCGAGUAUUAAACUAAUCAUAAUUUAUUCCGCCGACUCCCUCAUUUUCCCUUCUUCUACAAAUACUUAAAUCGAAUUCGCGAAAAUGGGGAAAAAGAAGCGUGGUCAUCCCGAUGUCGAAGAGCUCCUUGCCCGACCUUGGUGCUAUUACUGCGAACGAGAUUUCGAAGAUCUUAAACUUUUAAUAUCCCAUCAAAAAGCCAAGCAUUUUAAAUGUGAUCGAUGUGGACGACGAUUGAACACGGCUGGAGGUCUUUCGGUUCAUAUGAACCAAGUACACAAGGAGUCGCUAUCAUCAGUCGAAAAUGCGCUACCCAACAGACAAGGUCUCGAUGUCGAGAUUUUCGGUAUGGAGGGUAUCCCUGAGGACAUCGUACAACAACACAACCAACGCAUCAUCCAAAACUUCUACCAAGCUCAAGCCGAACGAUAUGCUGCGACAGGAAAUCCCCCGCCUGGACAGAGCAGAAAGGGACCGGCUAAGAAGCUCAGAAUUGAAACGGCGGAUGAGAUCAAGAAGCGAUUGGCAGAACACCGCGCGAGAAUUGCUACGCAAAAGUCGUCCAUAAAUGGAGGAAGCGCUACCCAUACACCUCUUGAGGGUCUUCCCGAUAGGAAAAGCCCUGCACAGAGCGCAUCCCCCGGUACCUUCAAUUCACCCUUCCCUCCUCCUGGUGGCCAAUUCCCUGGCUUCUCACCCCCUCCGCAAUAUCCCGGUGCUUAUCCCCCGCCGAAUCUCCCGUCUCGACCCGGAAGCAAUCUUCCUGCGCCUGCUGGAUUACCUGCUCGCCCUGGACAAGUUGGUUGGCAAGGUAGUGCUUCGACUAUCGAUGAACUUGUUUCGGGCGCUACGCAACAGGGUGACGAUAUCGAUCAGAUAAUUCGUAUGGCGGAAGCAGGAAUUAAACCACCCAAGAAGACCGAAACACCAACCGCCGAACCGAGUGCUGAGGGAGCAGAGAAGAAAUCCAAGAAGGAUAAGGGCGUGAAGAUGAUGUACGACGAUGAAAUCAGCCCAGAAGAGAGAAUGGCAUUAAUGCCGAAAUAUGCAUACGUUCCGGAAGCGGCGGCUGAAAAGGGCGGGGAGAAAAGGGAUGACUUUGUAUGAUAUGGGGAAUUAUGCCUUUAAUGGUUGGUUUCUGCGUACUUGGGUUUGAGAAGCUAACACCCAUAAGCAGAUUAUACUGCUCCGAGAUUGUAGAGCAGUUCUUUAGGCACGAAAACAAUUACAACGAGGCGAAAUAAUUCGAGCAUUGUGUUUACUCGCGUUGUGAAGAAUAGGACAAAUCUUGCGAGUCUAAUUAAAGGGUUAUAACCAAUCUAUAGACCUUAUACCGUGAUUUUGUUUCUAGGAUGUCCAAUCAGAUUUGAUUAUCCAGACACGGAGUUUCCAGAUCCUGAGGCAUCCAUGAAGUCCAACUCAACCGCUUCAACAUCUUUCUAUGUUGAGUUCCUUGAUCCUUUUACAUACUGAAACGGAAGAUGAUAGAAACAACUC